AUGUUAUCCACUACUUCCCAGCAGGCCCUCAGGGACGUGGAAUGGAUGACGAGCCUAUCAGCUCUCAGGGUGUUCGACGAACAUUGCGGACGGACCCCCUGUUCGUUCGAGUACAGACCAAAUUUCAGUAUGCAUGUUGAUCACGUCGAGGGCAUACUCACACUCGAAGAUGGUGAACUGACCAUUUGUCUGGAGAAUGGUACAAAAGCCAGUUUUGUUUCUAUGCGACACUCCAUGGUGUCUUUUAACAUGCCAAAGAACGAGAAUUUUCUCAAGGCUUUUGACGAUGCCAGGGCGACUUUCCGAACCGAGUGGAUGGCGCUGGAGGACAGCAAGUCAAUGCUGUAUCAGCAGUACGAGAUGGCCAG